AGCCGCAGCAAUAGGCACAAGAUGCUGUCGUUCUGGAGCAAAAUCUUCCAGAGCAACGAGCAGGAGCGCGAGCACAAACGUGAUCUGCUGCAAAUCGAGCACCGCUUCCUGGACCAAGAGCCCAGCAAUGAUAACAAAGAAAACGACAAUGGAAACGGUCUGCAAAUGCCAGACUCCGGCUCGGGCAACGAGAACGAGAGUGACAAACUAAUCGGCACUUCCUGCUCCGCGCGCAAGGGUGUUAUCACAUUUGUAACUGAUCAGAAUGGCCUUAUUGAUAAGUCCAUAGCCUUUCAGAGACAGGCCGCAGGGCAACUGUUCACCGAGUUAACCGUUGGCUCCGUGAUCGAGUAUCUGACUUAUGAGCAGGAGAAUGGCGUCAGCAAGGUCAUCAAGAUACAACAAAUCAUUGAUCAGUCGUGGGAGGAAGCAACAGACAACAAGGUGGCGGAGGUGCUCGAAUCCCUGAAGCUCGACCGGCCCGUCUACUUUAAAACGCAGCUACGCAACAUUCUGGGCAACAUUACGCAGCGCCUGCCCUCGGCCAUCCUGGUGGACACGGACUAUGGCGAGCUGAAUGUGGACCUGGACAACAUUGAGUCGAACUUUAUACCCAAAACGGGUGACGAGAUCACGCUCAUCUGCAAUGUUCAGCUGGAUGACGGCUAUGUGGACAAACAGGGCGAAAUACUCGGCGUGAAGAAGAUCUUUCCCACACGCAUCGAACCGGAUCAGAAGUGCACCGUCGAGCGUGUCUUUGAGGAGUUUGCCGUGCUCACCAAUGCCUAUGUACUCAAGGAGGAUGUGCCCAAAGGCAUUCAAUUGCAUCUGGGCGACAUUGUCAAGGUCGAUCUCAUCGAGUGCAAACAUUCGAAAUUCUCGCGUCGCGCCAUCAAGUUGUCUGUGCUGGAGAAGAACUUUGGCCAAGUGAAAAACAAUCCAUUGAAUACGUCGUCGGACAGCAAGCGGGCCGUUUCCAUAGAGGGCAAGGAUCGCUUUGUGUUCACCGAGCAGUGCAAGAAGCACCACGUCACCCUCAAGGUGAGAAAUGUGGGCAAGCGAACCUUUGAGCUUGUCAGCAUUGAUAUACCGAAUGCCUCGGAUGCGCACAUCAGUGUGGUGGAGCCGAUCAGCUCGAGGAGCAUCGAGAUGGGCGGUCAUAUAUCGCUGGUCUUUGAGGUGCACACCCGGUUCAUUGGCGAAUCGAAGGAGUACUUCACGCUUAAGUUCGACAGGUUCAAGGUGACACGCUAUCUGACCGUCGUUGUGUGCUUAACGGAGGAGGAUGCCCUGGAGGCGAAUCGCCGUCUGAUUGCGUCCGAGCAGCUGAUGGUCGGUGGACGCACUGCGCGCCAGCGCUCCCGCUUCUAUGCCUAUCAGGUCUAUUCGAAUAAGAGCCCACUGGUGCCGGGUGAAUCGAUUGCCACCAAACGUCGCUUUGUGCCCGUGCAUCUGUCCAACUACGAGGUGCCCGAAAAGCUAUGCAAUAUUGUGCUCAAAACUGAGAGCAUGUCCGAUGUAAGCGAUCUGCUGGGCGUCCAGUAUCCAUUCCUCAACGAGAGCGUCGCCUUCAGCAACUAUGUGCAGCGCUUUGCGACCUUGCUGCAUCUGGAGGAGAUUGACUACAAUAUUAACUUUCGCAAUUAUGAUCGGGAGCGUGCGCAUUUUAAUCGUGAAGGCGAAUACCUCUCGCUGCAAAUUGAGAAUCUCGCCGAGCGUCGUCCCUCGCUGGUGCUGGGCGAUACUGUGAACGCCAUCAAUCCCUGGGCGCAGCCGGACAGUAAGGAGAACAAACUGUUCCAAGGCGUCGUCCACAAGGUGUUCUUCAAUCGUAUUUAUCUCAAGUUCAAUGCCAACUUUCAGCAGAAAUACAAUGGCGAGGAUUAUCGCCUGGAGUUCCACUUCUCGAGGUUCGCCUUCCGCAAGCAGCAUCACGCUUUGUCGCGCAUUGGCAGCCAUAUGGGUGAGAAUUUCCUGUUUCCCAGCAAGGUCGCGAAGCGCGAUCAUGUUCAGCUGGAGGUGGAGUUCAAAGAUGACAACAUGUAUCUGUAUGACGACAAGCUGAGCUGGUUCAACGAGGGCUUGAACUGCAUCCAAAAGCGUGCCGUCUACAAUGUACUGCGCGGCGAAACGGAGAAUAUGCCUUAUGUGAUCUUUGGACCGCCGGGCACCGGCAAAACUGUGACUCUGGUCGAGACCAUCCUGCAGUUGGUGCGCCAUGUGCCGGGCUCUCGCCUCCUGGUGGGCACGCCCUCGAAUAGCUCUGCAGAUCUAAUUACCAAACGCAUCAUUGCGAGCAAAGCGCUCAACCAUGGCGAAUUUAUACGUCUCGUUUCGCAAAACCAGGUGGAGAAGGAUCUCGUGCCGCCGGAGCUGGCGAGCUACUGUGCCACCGUCGACAUUGGGACCGUCGAUUCCGACCAUGACAGCAUGAUUAUCACCGAAUCGGGUCUUAAGCUGCGCUGCCAGGCCAAGUACCUGGGCAAGCAUCGCAUCACGAUCAGCACCUGCACCACUUUGGGUAACUUUAUCCAAAUGGACUUCCUACCUGAACAUUUUACCCAUGUGCUCAUCGACGAGGCCGGCCAAUGCACCGAGCCGGAGACGAUGGUGCCGAUUGUGCUGUUGGCGCGGAAACGCAACCAAGUGGUGCUCGCCGGCGAUCCUCACCAGCUGCAGGCGAUUGUUACCAGUCGUUAUGCGAGCGAGCUGGGUCUGGGCAUGUCCUAUCUGGAGCGCUUGCUGGAGACUUCACCGUAUCGCCGGGACAUGCAGCGCUAUCCCAACAGCUCCGGCUAUAAUCCCAGCGUGCUGACUAAACUGUUGUACAACUAUCGGGCGCUGCCCUCGAUCAUGAAUGUGUACAGCAAACUCUUUUACGACAACGAGCUCAUCUCCAUGGUCUCGGAUAAGGACUCGCGGGAGGGGCGCUUUCUGGCCGAGCUGCAGGCGAUUUUUGAAGAUCACCAGGGAAGGCCGCGCACUCACGGCACCUUCUUUCACGGCAUCAUGGGUGAAAAUUUGCAGGAUUUCGAUUCGCCGUCCUGGUACAAUAUCGCCGAGGCUCGCGAGGUAUUUCUAUUGACCAUACUGCUGUAUCGUCGCAAUGUGCACCACGAGCAAAUUGGCAUACUGACGCCCUAUGCGAAGCAAGUGAAGACGCUGCGGACCAUGUUUAUCGCUGCAGACUUGUCCAUGCCCAAGAUUGGCUCCGUCGAGGAGUUCCAGGGUCAGGAACGUGACAUCAUGCUCAUCUCAACGGUUCGCUCCUCGGAGUCCAAUCUGCGCGCCGAUGCUCGUCUCAGUUUGGGUUUUGUGCGCUGCAACAAGCGCAUGAAUGUGGCCAUCUCUCGUGCCCGCUGCCUGAUGGUCAUCUUUGGCAAUCCCAAGCUGCUCGCCGUCGACGAUUGCUGGCGUCAUUUGAUCCUCUUCUGUGCCAACAACAAUGCCUACUUUGGCUGCGAGAUGCCCGCAUCGAUAACAGCACAGGGCGACGAGUCCGACGGCAACGAAUCGGACGUGUCCGACUUGGUGCCUUAAGGCCGCUGGCCGCAUAUUUACUUAACCGAAGUUCCUGACUCCGCUAGAUUUAUCCAAAGUCUUCGAUAUAAGACAGCUAAACAACUUGAAUAACUGAACUGUCGCCUGACGAAUUUUUUUUCAUAUAUGUACUCAUUCCUUUAUAGACUUAGCAUAUGUAAGCUAUUAUCCUUUAAACAAAUAAAUGAGCUCUG